GGCGAGCGGGGCGGGCCUGGAAGGAGAGGAGGAGCCGCCGCGGCCGCCCAGAGAAGAGGAGGAGGAGGCAGCCGAAGGAGCGAAGGGCGGUUGCGGGAAGGGCGCCGCGAAACCACCGCGCUGAGGGAGGCCGCACAGGGCCCCGGGCCGGAGUCGGCCGCCAAAAUGGAGCCCGCCAGUCGGUACCAAGUGCUUCAUAAUGAAGAUGAUCCCUCGGAAUCAUCCGUGGUUGAACAACCCUCCACCUCUACAGAAACGGCACCAGCUUCGCAAGCAGAGGCACCAUUACCUGAAGCCGAUGCUUCACCUCCACCUUACUGUAGUAUUGCUGUUGAAGCGGCUUCAGCGCCAGAAAUGGAAUCGCCUAAUGAUUUUUACCCAGUGCCACCUCCGUACAGCGUAGCUACCUCUCUUCCCACUUACGAUGAAGCAGAGAAGGCCAAAGCGGCAGCAAUGGCAGCUGUCGCAGCGGAAGCGGCGGCCCAAAGACACGGCCAAUUUAGGGAGUCUAGGAGUCUGUUUGAUGAAAUAUUCCUGAGCCCACCAGAGGAAGAAGAAUAUCCCCCAAGAGAUGACUUCAGCGACGCAGACCAGCUCCGUGUGGGCAACGACGGCAUCUUCAUGUUGGCCUUUUUUAUGGCAUUCAUUUUCAACUGGAUUGGGUUUUGCUUGUCGUUCUGCAUAACUAACACCAUAGCUGGAAGAUAUGGUGCUAUCUGUGGAUUUGGGUUGUCCCUCAUCAAAUGGAUUCUUAUUGUUCGAUUCUCAGAUUAUUUUACUGGCUAUUUCAAUGGGCAAUACUGGCUUUGGUGGAUAUUUCUUGUACUUGGCCUCCUCCUAUUUUUCCGAGGUUUUGUCAAUUACCUGAAAGUCCGAAAUAUGUCUGAAAGCAUGGCAGCUGCUCACAGAACGAGAUUUUUCUUCUUGUACUAGAGACUGCAUCGAGCCGGCAUUCCUUUCUCAUACCAAUGUGAACUUCCAGCCCGAUCUGUAACCUUCCAAAUGAAUAAAAGACAACUACUAAAAACAGAAGACAAGUAACAGAGCAGGAUCUUUUAUGACGCUUAAUGAAUGGCAGGGUGGUUUUAUGCUUAAGUGCCAUUUCUGUUCAUUCUAGUAAAUAUUUAUAUAAAGCAUUGCCUUUCGUCUUGCACAUAUGCCUAUGUGCUAAUUAACAAGAACUUUAAAAAGAAUAAAAAUCCAUGCAUAUAGUCUGCUAAGCAGCUGAAUACAGCCGGACUUGACUAAUCUGUGUUUGUAUCUGACGGAUUUUUAAGUGGUAGCUCCCUCCCUAUCCCCCCGCCAUCGUUGUGUACUUACUGCCAACUUUCUGUUUUGAGGUUUUGUUAAGUACAGAUGAUAUAUACUGGAUGGUUGAAAACAAAACUGCUCAGACUCUGCGAGCAAGUAUGCAAGUUAAACUUAUCUGAUUAUGCACAGCCAACUCCCCCCUGCAUAAUUAAUAAUUUCAUUGAAUGCCUAUUGGGAAGCAUCUUCUGAGGAUUCAUCCGGGUGUUCGUCCAGUGCGUUCCUCUUGUGCUGGUUUCACAGACAUGCAUUUUCUCACAUAAAGAAGCAGGCAGUAUCAGCAGCAACUUCUUCUCAGUAGAAGUUGCACAUACUGCAACUUAAUAGCCAUCAUCUCAGGUCAAUUUCAUGUGUUAGGAGAUGUUAGUACCUCUGUCCCAUUCUUUGGCAAUGCAGGCAAGUAGAAACCACAUGGAAAAAAACUUGCACUGCCAUUGAAGGUGAGAUCUGGGCUGGAAUUGCUAUUAUUAUGCAUAGGCAGUUUCUUAACAGAGACCCAUGAGAACGAAUCACAAGACAUAACACUGGAAUCAGACCCUUGAAUUCACAAAGAACAUCUGUGCAAGUUACCAAUUUCUACAAAUCAUGGCAAAACAGUAGUAGUUUCAGAUAUAUUCUUCUCAGCUAAAUGAUUUCUAAAAGCUCUGCAGUAAUCGUUAGACCUAAAGCUGUAGCCAUCCAUAGGUAAUAAAAACACUCAUCCAAACGAUAAUAUUGUCUAACUGCAUGAGUCUGAAGAACUGAUUUGAGACCCACUCCUGUGGAACAGCCUCGAUCCCGAUUCUUCUCAUGUUCAUUUCUUCUCAUGUUCAUCAUCUCAUUGGAAGGUCUAGCAUGAAAAUGUUGCUAGCCUGACCGUUCAGUUUUCUGGGUAGGCAUAUCUCUACCCAUUAUCCCCCCAAUCCUACGAUGAUUAGGUGUAACUGUGGUUCCGAAGUGUACAUUAUGCAAGCAGUCUAGCUCCAUAGGCUCCAGGUUCUUUUAGCCAGACGGUAAGGGAAACGCUCUUGGUUCCUUCUGAAUUGAAUGAAUUGGACUGACAGUGGUAGUUCAGUGCAUCAAUUCCCAUCCCUAAGAUGUUGCCCGGAGCCAUUUUGUGUAAUCAUUUUAUCAAUUGAGAAGUAUCUCAAAUGGUUUUUAACUGAGUGCUUCACCGUGCUUCUUUGCGGGAAUGAAACAGAUCAGAUACGUUCUAAUAAGUGUGGUUUUGUGUGUAUGUCCCCCUCAAGGCUCUGAUAGUAACAUAUAAGCAAUGUACUAUUAAUGAUAUUCUCACAAUAGUAAUGAUGUUCCUUUAGAGUAAACAAAUGCAUCUCGGACUUUGUGGGGAUUCCAGUGUUCUCUUUGCCUCAAGCACAUGCUUUCCUUCCCCAAACAUCUCUGGCACUGUGCAUUCUGACGUGAAGGGAAAUGCCUCUCUCAGACAUCUGCAACUGCUUUCAUCUCAUUGGCUGCCCAUCACAAAUGCACUCGGCAUCGGGGAAGGGGCUCGGGGCGGGGGGCGGGAGGAAUGCACAGUGACUUCUCUUUUAAAAAAAUUGAGCUCAUGUGUUUUUAAUACUAACACAUAGAGGAAUUAUAUGUUCUUUCAUUUAGUGCUGUAUCCAAUUUUGUAUCUAUUGUAUGCAUAAGGUCGACGGUUUGUAUCCUUUAAUAUUUCGGGAGUACUAAAAGAUAUCUUAACACUUUGAGAACAAAAUGCCCAUUCCUGCUUUUCAUGAAAACAGAAUUCUCUGUUACGAAUUCCUGUGUUGUUUUUCUUCUGAAUUCAUCAGUAUUUUUUCUAUGUUUUCUUCUCUUCCCUCCCUCCUUUUUUGCAUUGUUUGUUCUCAUGAGAAAGAGAGAGACAAAAGUAAAUAAAAUCUUGUUUUUGA